AUCGCACGAAACGCUAAUCUGACCGGGAUAAAAGGCAUAUCUCUCGAAAGAGCUUCGUCUGCGCCUGUCGUCCAACCGGAAACUGGCCCAGCUUCUCGUUUGCCUACAAUCAAUCACCUCCCUUGCCUCAGCAAGCCGCUUGUUUGCAAUACUAUCGCCAGCAUGUCCUACAAACCUGAGGGCGCUCCCCCUUCCUAUCCUCAGCCUAUCCACGACCCGAACGCUUAUCAGGGUACGCCCGUGAACUCGCCACCUCCAGGACAGGAAUAUUAUAACCAGAACGGAUACUACCCGCCUAAUCAGUACGGCCAGCCGCAGCCAGGAUAUGGUCCUCCACAGCCAGGGUAUGGCCCUCCGCAGGGCUACGGUGCUCCUCCCCCGCAAGGAAUGUACUACCAGCAGCAAGGAUACCCCCCGCCCCAACAAGGCUACUACGCGGACGAUCGAGGUGAUCGAGGCAUGGGUGCCGGCGGUGGUAUCUGUGCGGGUAUAAUGGCCGCUAUGGCGUGCUGUUGCUGUUUAGAUAUCUUGUUUUAGACCGCUGGGCGGAUAUAAGAACUCGACAGCAUCCCACGCGCCUUGAUGGGCGCGGCGGAAAAGGCUAACGCAUACGUGGAUGCCGGACUUUCUCUCAACAUUAAUCUUCUAUCCUUGGCCAUUCGCUGCAGCCUCGGCCCUCUUUGUCUCUUUGGGUGAAACACACGUUCUUUGAAUACCUUUUU